GUCCACCAGUUAUUAUAUAUUUCGCCGCCGAACGCGUCGGUACGCCGAUUCCACACGUCCCGACGUACGCCGUGCGCCGCAAUCACCCGAACGACGACGACGCAGCCGCCGACACUCUCUGCCGCUACCACCCGUCCAACCUGUGUGUCCCACUACUCGCCGCCGCCACCACUACCUCCGCCACCGUUGCAUCACCUCUUCACCGUCGUCGCACGCUAAACAUGGCGUCCGCCGCCGUGUGAUCGUCGUUGUCGCCGCCGCCACCAACGUCGCACCACGCAGCCUCAUUCAUGUUGCUCAUAAUGGCAACUAAAACUGAAGUUGAGAAUGAAACGAUUGAAAAACCGCUUGAAACUCAAGAUAUGAAUGCAGUUUGUACAAAUUUGCAGUUUUGUGAUGAUACAAUUAAAUUACAAGCAACAAGAAAACGAUGUGUUAGCACAUCAAUUCUUAUUAGCUCAUCUCCAAAAAAAAAAAAAAAAGACGGUCAAAAUAUAAUACCACCUAAAAAGUUUUUGCUGGGUGGUAACAUGUCUGAUCCUCUCAAUUUAAAUAGUCUCCAGGAUGAAGAUAUUAAUAAGGCAAUGAAUAAAACUCCGAAGUCAUCUCCUUUACACUCAAAUACAGUGAACAUAAAAAAAGAUCAAGUCAAUGUUAAAAUUCCUCGAAAUUUAUCUGAUCCAUUGGAACUUAGUCAGUGUGAUGAAGCCAAAGCAAUUGCAUGUGCUGGCACAGAUUUGUUAAAACAAAAAACUCCACCAAAGUGUAAAUCUAAAAUAUUGCUAUCAAAAUCUUUAUCUGACUCUAGUUUAACUACAGAGAACACUCCAGAAGAAGAUUUAAAACCAGAAUGUAUUGAUGAAAAGGAAAAACAAGAAGAAGACACUAUUUCUUCACCGCCUAAAAAGAAGUUCAAACCUGAAUUACCUGAAUUACCUGAAUUACCUGAAAACUGUAUACCCAAGUCUGAGAAUAAUAAAGUUUCAAGUGAAAUAAUUGAAGUUAUAGAAACCAUCAUAGAUGUAUUAGUGAAUGAAGUUCUAGUUCAGUCAAUAGAUAAAUGUAAUAUUCCAAUUUCAAAAGCUCCUGUUGAAGUGGUUGUUGAAAAGAUACUCGAGCCAUGCAAAACGCUGUCACCAUCACCUGAAAAAAAAGUUGAAGACGGUAAGGAAAUACAAGAGCAGCGCGAAAAAAAUAAGCCCAAAAGAUGUGUAGUAAGUCCGGUUGUUAAGCAGCCCUCAUUGUCAGAAAAACACUCCAAACCUCAGCAGGUCGUUGUUACGACGUCAGAUAAACCAAAACAAAAGGUUAAUAAAAACGAGCCCAAGUUUAAAGAAAAAAAUUCGUUGUUUAAAUAUGGAAAUUAUAACAGAUAUUAUGGUUACCGUAAUCCAGAUGAUGAAGACAAUAGGCUGAAAGUGUUGGCUGAACGUAUGGAUUUAUUUUAUGGCAAAGACGUGUUGGAUAUUGGCUGUAAUAUUGGUCAUGUGACAUUUAGCGUUGCUAGAGAUUUUGGUGCAAAGUCAGUUGUAGGGAUGGAUAUCGAUCGUAAACUAAUAAAUAUUGCACGCAAAAAUGUACAUCAUUACAUCAACGAUACAGUGCAGUCUCCCUCACAUCUAUCACCAAAUUACCAUUUUAAAGAUUAUGCUCCGAGAAGUGAUAAUGAUCCAAACUGUGAUAUAAUCGAAUCAUUUCCUAUUUCAUUACCAAUACUAUAUGGUCCUAUUAAUUUAGCUGGUAUGACAAUAUCUGGAAGAUUUCCCUAUAAUGUAUCAUUUGUACAGGGAAAUUAUGUAUUAGAAUCUGAUCAUUUGCUUUCACUGGAAACGUGUAAGUUCGAUGUUAUUCUCUGUUUAAGCAUUACAAAGUGGCUUCACUUGAACUGGGGUGAUGACGGUCUAAAACGAGCAUUCAAACGUAUGUUUGCACAGUUGCGACCUGGCGGAAUACUCGUGGUAGAACCUCAGCCGUGGAAAUCAUAUGGUCGUAGAAAAACAUUGACGGAAACCAUUUGGCGAAAUUACAAAAACAUUCAACUGAAACCUCCAAUGUUUACUGACUAUCUGUUGAACGAAGUUGGUUUUGCCAACUGUGAAACUCUUACCAUGCCACAUAAUCCAUCUAAAGGGUUUCAGCGUCCGCUCAAGUUAUAUAGAAAAUCUAACAUAUUAGUAACUAGAAACAAACCAAAGUGUACGAUAGUGCAACCAGAUGAAACCCAAAACUCAUAAACAUGGUAUUGAAAGUACUCACUUAAUAUGUUUUAGGUAAACAGAGUCUUAAGUAUUUAUGUUAUUGCUCUUAGCACUGUAAUUUAGCAACUGGACCACAUGUUUAUUGACAUAUAUUACCAAAUUGUUAUUUAAUAUUUUUCGUUUUUCGUAAUAUUUAAUAUAAUUCUAUUCAUUGUACA